AUGUUGUGCAGAAGAUUAUUAAAGACAAACAACAUUAUCAAAAAUGUUGCUUCAUUAAAGUACACACCAACAACAACAACUUCAACAAAUGUCGUAAGAAAUUUAUCAAGAUCUUUCUCGACUGCCAGUACCACAACUACAGUUCAACCAAUUGAUCACUCUUCCCAAAUGGAUAGAAUUCUUGGUAGAAUUCAAGAAGAGACAAACAGAGCAUUUGAAGGAGGAGGUGAAAAGAGAAAUAAUGCACAACACUCAAAAGGAAAGUUAUUGGCAAGAGAGAGAAUCGAUUUAUUAUUAGAUGCCGAUUCGUUUAGAGAGUAUGACAUGUUGGUCACUCAUCGUUGUCAAGAUUUUGCUGUUGAAAAGAUUCCAGGUGAUGGUGUCAUCACUGGACACGGUACUAUCAAUGGUAAAUUAGUAUUUGUCUUUUCACAAGAUUUCACAGUCAAUGGUGGAAGUUUGUCAGAAGCUCAUGCUGAAAAGAUCUGCAAGAUUAUGGACAAGGCCAUGAAGGUUGGUGCACCAGUUAUUGGUUUGAACGAUUCUGGAGGUGCUCGUAUUCAAGAAGGUAUUGCCAGUUUGGCAGGUUAUGCAGAGGUGUUCCAACGUAAUGUUAUGGCCUCUGGUGUCAUUCCACAAAUCUCUGUCAUCAUGGGUCCAUGUGCUGGUGGUGCUGUCUAUUCACCAGCCAUCACUGACUUUACUUUUAUGGUAAAGGAUACCUCAUACCUCUUUGUAACUGGUCCAGAUGUCGUAAAAUCUGUCACCAAGCAAGAUAUUACUCAAGAAGAGUUGGGUGGUGCAAAGACACAUACUACCAAGUCUGGUGUAGCUCAUCUUGCCUUUGAAAACGAUAUCGAUGCUCUCAAAAAGGUUCGCGAGUUGGUUACCAUGUUGCCACAAUCCAACUACUCUGCACCAGCUCAAUCUGAAUGCUUUGACGACCCAACUCGUGAGGAUGAAGUCCUUGACAAGAUCGUUCCAGAGGAUCCAAACAAGCCAUACGACAUGAUGGAAGUCAUUGAAAGAGUCGUCGAUGAAGGCCGUUUCUUUGAGAUCCAACCAAACUAUGCCAAAAAUAUCAUUAUCGGUUUUGCUGCCAUGGAAGGUAGAACCGUUGGUAUCGUUGCCAAUCAACCAAAGGAACUCGCUGGUUGUCUUGAUAUCGAUGCCUCUGUAAAGGCUGCCAGAUUCGUACGUUUCUGUGACUGCUUCAACAUUCCACUCAUCACAUUUGUUGAUGUUCCAGGUUUCCUCCCAGGUACCGACCAAGAACACGGUGGUAUCAUUCGUCAUGGUGCCAAGUUGCUCUAUGCCUAUGCAGAGGCUACCGUUCCAAAGAUUGCUGUCAUCACAAGAAAGGCUUAUGGUGGUGCCUAUGAUGUCAUGUCAUCCAAGCACUUGCGUGGUGACACCAAUUACAGUUGGCCAAGUGGUCAAGUCGCUGUCAUGGGAUCAAAGGGUGCUGUUGAAAUCAUCUUCCGUGGAAAGGGUGACAUUGCUGAACAAGAACAAAUCUAUAACGACAAGUUUGCCAAUCCAUUGCCAGCUGCCAGACGUGGUUUCAUCGAUUCAAUCAUCGUACCAAGAGAAACUAGAAAGAUCAUCUGCGAGGAUUUGCAAGUAUUGAAAGAUAAGAAAUUGGAAAAUCCAAAAAAGAAACAUGGUAACAUUCCACUUUAA